CGAUACCAAAGCCAGCCAACCUUGGAAGGCUGUCACAAGAAAAAACACACAACCUUAUAAAUACAACCAACUUCGACCUCUGCUCAUUCAAUUCAGUAGUCGAGUGCAGCUAACAAAAUCCUGCUCUCACCGAUUUUGAUUCUAAUUUCCUUUUUAAGCUCCUACUACUUUGCAAUCGCACCUUCGACAAAUUGGUGCUCCGAGAAGCAACGCGAACAAUCCUCCACCAGUCGCUAGGCGUUUUCGAUUCGUCUAUUCAACCUAUUACUAUUGUCGCUCUUGCCUCCAUUUUAGCUAUCAUUCCCAUCCCGUCGGCCACGAUGUCGACCAAACCUCCAUCUCGCGUUGUCUUUGUUGGCAAUAUUCCGUAUGGACUUUCGGAAGAACAAAUUAGCGACAUCUUCAGUACCGCCGGCAAGGUCCUGAACUUCCGUCUUGUUUACGAUAGGGACACAGGACGCCCUAAGGGCUUUGGUUUCGCCGAGUACCCUGAUGCAGAUUCAGCCGCUUCCGCUGUCCGAAAUCUCAACGAUCAUGAGAUUAUGGGACGUAAACUGCGCGUCGACUAUAGUACGGAAGGCCGAGUGGACGGUGAUGAAUCUAACAGCUCAUCCGUGACAAUUGGCCAGCCCAAUGGCACUUCGUAUCCUGCCGUCCAGACUGCGCCUACCGGCUCGCUUCCCCCUCUCCCACCCGGAAAAGAGUUGCCUCCGGGAGUAACCGCCACCGAUGCAAUAUCUCGAACUCUAAACACCCUCCCCCCAAGCCAACUGCUUGACAUACUUUCUCAGAUGAAGUCACUGUCCACGACCGAUCCUGCCCGCGCCACGGAACUUUUACAGGCGGCUCCCCAACUAUCUUAUGCUAUCUUCCAAGCUCUACUGUUGAUGGGCCUCGUUUCCCCGGAGGCGAUUCACUCCGUGGUCGAAACCUCGGCGGCUGCUCCGGCCGCCCAACCUGCCUCCGGAUACCCCCCGGCGUACGGUGGUGCUACAACUGUCACGCCUCCGGUCGCUGCACCCUACGCGCCACCUGCCGUAUCAGCUCCGCAAGCCGGUUACGCGCCUCCUGCGGCUGGUGCUCCCGCUGCUGCAUUGCAGCAAGAUCCCGAUUCUCUUAUGCAGGCUGUCAUGGGUUUACCGGCUGAUAUGAUCGAGCAGCUUCCCGAAGCAGAACGCCAACAGAUCUUAGCUCUCAGGGCCACUUUCGCAGCUCAGAGACGCUAGUGUACAAUGAGAUGGCGCAGGAAUAUGGUUUCUUCACGUUGAUUUUUUCUCAUACCCAUCGCAACUGGUUGGAAGUCGGCGUUCAGGUUCUGGUUUGGGUACAAAAGCUUUCGGGACACCUACGGCACGUGUGUACUCCAUUUUGAGCACAUCGGAACUCGGCAUUCGUACAGGUCACUGUGUGUAGUAAUGCAACUGGCAUGUUUAGGGAAGAAGAGGGUCUCGAGGGUGGCUUCAUGGAUCUACGCAGGGUACCCAAUCUGCCACUCUUCUGAGUGAGAUCUUCAAGAAGCUUCGUAUAAUACUAUGACCGACAAGUCUAUGUACAUAUUUCCGCAUCAGAACGAAGCUAAUGGUUUCCUUGAUGAGCAUUCGCUAUCGCAAGCAACCGCGACCCAAUAUUGGUGCAUACCCGGUAGUCGCCGUUUUCACAUCGAUUCAUGUAAACAGACGUUUAAUGUAGACUACUUAAUUAUCCCUCAUCCCCCUUAUGCCAUUACACAAACUUACGUCGGAUAGCGGCUAGGAUGCAUCCAUGGAUUUAUCUAUGUAGGAAUUUCUAAGUUAUCUAAGUUACCUUACCCACAUAAUUCCUCGACCGGAAUUGGAAGUUGGAUAUGUAGGUCCGGCUCAUUCGCCAAUAGGUACCUUCUGAUUUGGUAUCACAUGCUCAUACUGUUAGCUACCAGUUGACUUGAUUCUGCGACAAUAUUAAACAUCU